GUGGGGCAGCCUCUCCGCGCGUAGGUAGCCGCAUAGCUCGCGACGCGCUGGCAACAAGGCCUCCUUGGCUUCCUGAACCCCCGUCGGUGCGAAAUCCUGAGCUGUAGCCUCGGAAAUUGAUGCUGCCACUGUGUACCAUAAGCUGCUGCCCUAAACGCCAUCGACGCGCCAUGCCCAAAAUACUCUACGUCUGCACGAGCAACACCUGCCGAAGUCCAGCCGCCGCGACGAUCGCGCGCGCGCACCUUGAGACAAUCGGGCGGACGGAUGUCGAGAUAACGAGCCGCGGCCUCACCGACCGCUAUUCCGCGUGGGGCUCGGGCCCGGACCCGCGCGCCGAGAAAGCUUUACAAAGGGCCACGGGCCUGUCGAGCGCGGGCCACGCGUCCUCGAAAUUAACGGCGACAGAAGUAGACGAGUGCGACGCGCUCUUCUACUUCAUGCGCGAGCACGUCGACUGGAUCGCGGGCUGCGUCGGCGAGGCGCCGGUGCGGCGCGCCCUCGAGAGCGGCCGGUUGUGCAUCGUGCACCCGCCGGACGGCAUUCCCGACCCGUUCUUCGCCGACGACGCGUUCUACGGCGAGGUCAUGACGAUGCUCGAGACGCACGUCGCGCGGUCGUUGGACGAGGUACUUGAUAAGUUUACAACACGUUAA